UCCAGUGAGUGUGAGAGCGACCUGAGCUGAGCGAGAGUGAACAGAGAGAGAAUAGGGAGGCUUGGAUUCUAACAGACUGAAUUGGGGACACGGACACUCACUGGAAUACUCCACCGCCUCCUCGGAACAAAUGGUUUGAAAGGAUAAACUCUUUAAAAGUUUGAAGACCCUCUCGGUGUGUGUGUGAGUGUGUGUUUGGGAUGAAGCGCCUGUGGGACAAACACUUCCCGUUGCUCAUCCUUCUCUACCUGGUAGGAGAUGUCACCUCACAGGUUAACCCAGGUGUGUGUCGGUACCCUCUGGGGAUGUCAGAAGGGCAGAUUCAGGAUGAAGACAUCUCAGCCUCCAGUCAGUGGUCUGAGUCUACUGCUGCUAGAUACGGCAGGUUGGACUUUGAGGAGGGUGAUGGUGCGUGGUGUCCAGAGAUAACCGUGGAACCAGACAGCCUGAAGGAGUUCCUCCAGAUAGACCUGCGUUCCCUCCACUUCAUCACCCUGGUGGGCACACAGGGCCGCCACGCAGGGGGCAUCGGCAACGAGUUCGCCCAGAUGUACAAGAUCAAAUACAGCCGUGACGGCAGCCGCUGGAUCUCCUGGAGGAACAGGCAGGGCAAACAGGUCAUUGAGGGGAACAGGAAUGCAUAUGACAUCAUGCUGAAGGACCUGGAGCCUCCGAUCAUCGCCCGCUUCGUGAGGUUCAUGCCCGUCUCAGACCACUCUAUGAACGUCUGCAUGAGGGUGGAGCUCUACGGCUGUGAAUGGCUCGACGGUCUGGUGUCCUACAACGCUCCAGCAGGAGAACAGAUGAGACUAGAGGGCCAGCCUGUCCACCUCAACGACUCGGUGUACGAUGGAGCCGUCAUCCACAGUAUGACGGAGGGGCUGGGCCAGCUGACUGAUGGGAUGUGUGGAUUAGAUGACUUCACCCACAGCCACGUCUACAAUGUGUGGCCUGGCUACGACUACGUAGGUUGGACCAACGAGAGCUUCCCCAACGGAUACGUGGAGAUCAUGUUCGAGUUCGACCGCGCACGCAACUUCACCACCAUGAAGGUGCACUGUAACAACAUGUUCAUGCAUCAUAUCAAGGCAUUCCGCCAGGUGGUGUGUUACUUCCGUUCCGAGGCUGACUGGGAGGCCACGCCCCUUUCCUUCAGCCCUGUGGUGGACGAUGUCAAUCCCAGCGCCCGAUUCGUCACCGUCUCUCUGGCCAAUCACAUGGCCAGUGCUAUCAAGUGCCAUUUCUACUUCGCUGACUCCUGGAUGAUGUUUAGCGAAAUCACCUUCCAGUCAGACACAGCCAUGUACAAUACUACCCUGGCUCCCCCCAAGACUGGCGGUGGCCCUCCCACCAGCACUCAACCAGGGGAUGACCCCACCCACAAAAUAGACGACAGCAACACCAGAAUUCUGAUUGGCUGCCUGGUGGCCAUCAUCUUCAUCCUCGUCGCCAUCAUCGUCAUCAUCCUCUGGAGGCAGGUCUGGCAAAAGAUGCUGGAGAAGGCCUCGCGGCGGAUGCUGGACGAUGAACUAACUGCUAGUCUGUCACUACAGAGCGAGACAUUCGCCUACAGCCACAACAACCCUUCAUCAUCGUCAGCACCCAGCGAGCAGGAGUCUAGCUCCACCUACGAGCGUAUCUUCCCCCUGGGCCCUGACUACCAGGAGCCUUCACGACUGAUACGCAAGCUGCCUGAGUUCUCCCACACCUCGGAGGAGGCCGCUUUGACCAGCACAGUGGUGGCAGCGACAGCCUCCAAGGCUCCCACGGCAACAUUUUCCCAGGACGGAGUCCCUCACUACGCCGAGGCAGACAUCGUCAACCUGCAGGGCGUAACUGGGGGCAACACGUACGCGGUCCCUGCUCUAACCAUGGACCUGCUGUCAGGGAAGGACGUGGCGGUGGAAGAGUUCCCCAGGAAACUGCUCACCUUCAAAGAGAAGCUGGGCGAGGGACAGUUUGGAGAGGUCCACCUGUGUGAGGCAGAAGGCAUGCAGGAGUUUAUGGAUGAGGAUUUCUCCUUCGACAUCAGUGACAACCAGCCAGUACUGGUGGCUGUUAAGAUGCUAAGAGCAGACGCUAACAAAAACGCCAGGAACGACUUCCUGAAGGAGAUUAAGAUCAUGUCUCGUCUGAAGGACCCUAACAUCAUCCGUCUGCUGGCCGUGUGUAUCUGCAGUGACCCCCUCUGCAUGAUCACAGAGUACAUGGAGAAUGGAGACCUCAACCAGUUCCUGUCCCGCCAUGAACCUGAGGGACAGCUAGCGCUCAUCAGCAACGCACCCACUGUCAGCUACAGUAACCUGCGCUACAUGGCCACUCAGAUCGCCUCAGGGAUGAGGUACCUCUCCUCGCUCAACUUUGUCCACAGAGACCUGGCCACGAGGAACUGUCUGGUGGGGAAGAAUUACACCAUCAAGAUCGCUGACUUUGGCAUGAGCAGGAACCUGUACAGCAGUGACUACUACCGCAUCCAGGGCCGGGCCGUGCUGCCCAUACGAUGGAUGUCCUGGGAGAGCAUACUGCUGGGAAAGUUCACCACAGCCAGUGAUGUGUGGGCAUUUGGGGUGACGCUGUGGGAGACCCUGACCUUCUGUAACGAGCAGCCUUACUCCCAGCUGACUGACGAGCAGGUCAUAGAGAACACUGGCGAGUUCUUCAGGGACCAGAAACGACAGAUCUACCUUCCCCAGCCAGUGCUGUGUCCUGACUCUGUGUAUAAGAUCAUGCUGAAUUGUUGGAGGAGGAACACCAAGGAGAGACCUUCCUUCCAGGAGAUCCACCGAGCGCUGCUGGAGAGCCAAGCUUAGGGCCAGUACCCCUGGGCCAGCACACACACACAUACAGACAGACGGCUGGAUGAAACGCAUCAACAACACAUUACACAGCCAUCAAAAGUUCAACUCAAUUCAACUAAUUAUGCACAGAAAAAGAAAGGCAAAAAUUACGAAUGGCUGUCAGAUUGUCUCAGAGAAGCCAAAGUGAAUUGUAGCAAUGAAAGUUCGGUACUUUAAAAAAGUUAUAAUUUAUUCGAAAUUGUACUAUAAAUGAGUGUAAAGUUCCCACCUUGUUUAAUGUAGUGUAUGGUAAUGUCACGUCUAUGAAUUAAAUUGUGUUUUCUUUAAGAAGACUGCUUGAAUGUAAAUAAGAAUGCAGUUUCAUUGAUGUCUUAAUUUAGCGAAACGUGUUCAUUUUUGAGAAAUUUUGAGAAUUGUUAUAUUUGAAAAGGUUAUUCAUCUGUUAGUCUGACAGUUUAUUCAAAGCCAACAGGGAUAAUUAUGUUUCCAUAAAAAUAAUGCAUUAUAAGACUUGUCAUAAGCAUGUAUGACUCAUGAUCCUGACUUAUUAUCAGCCUAUUUCAAUUAACAUUAUACCUAUUGGCUUUUGAUUAAAGAGUUACAAGUGAUGAACAAAUUCAUAACAUGGACAAUAACCAUAAUUCAACCAUGUCUCAACUGUACUACUCUGGCAUACACUCUGCUACAGUUGCUGCCAGUGAUAUUUGACCAAGAGUGCUCGGAGACAUCAAUGUGUAUGUACUUCUCAAAUAUUAAUAUUUUGUAUUGAUAUUUAUAUGUAUUGUUUAUUUGUUCUGUUUGCUUCUUGUUUAUAUAUUUGGGUACUGAUCAGCUUUUUAUUUUUGCAUGGGAAAAGUUGUACAUUCAAUUUUGUAGUUUUGUAUUUUGUUCAAUGUCUUUCGAGAGUCGUUUGAGAAAAUGGCAGUUAGCUUUGUGGGAGGUGGGGUGGAGGAUCUGCCUUCAAUAACAUUACAAAUGUUUGUCCUUGAGACACAUAAUCUAUUAUCAUUCAUAUAUGUGAACAAAAUCACUGUCCAAAUCAGAUCUGAGAUAAGCUGCAUUAGUGCUGGUCCAUGUUCUCUCCAUAGUGAUCAGAUUAUGGUGCUAAUCAGGAUCCAGACUGGAGGGGAGAUGAUGGGCCAACUGUAAGUGCAGAGGAGUCUUUGAAAAGUGAAAUGUAGGAAACUAUGCUUCUAGAGAGAAUGUUUUUUAAUGGUUAGUGUGUUUGCUACCUUUAUACAACGAAUGUUGUUCUAAGCUAUUUUUGUGUUGUAUUGAAAGUGCUAACAUUGACAGUUUUUCUGAACAAGAAACCAACUGUUUAUGAUGUAUCUCUGUUGAAAGAGAGCGAGAGCUGAACGGUUGUUAAAGGGUUUCUGAAUGGAAUUCAGGAUGAUAAUCAGUCAGAAGGAUUUCAGACAAUGUCAACUGCACAUGACAGUUGUUGUAACACAAGACAUUUACAAUAGUAGCUAUCAUGAUUAUGUUGUUACACCAAUACCUUGAAAGUCUUUAGGUUUGAACCCUAUAGCUUCUACAGUUGAAGUCGGAAGUUUACAUACACUUAGGUUGGAGUCAUUAAAACUAUUUUUUUCAACCAC